AUGCCAACAGUUUCUUCGCAUCUUAUUCUCCAUUUUGCAGGGACCAAGAUCGUCUUCACAAAUGGGUCACAGGAUCCAUGGCGUCAUGCAACCAAACAGGCCUCAUCUCCUGACCUGCCUUCUUACGUCAUCACUUGUCAUAACUGUGGCCAUGGAAGUGAUCUUCGAGGAUGCCCUCAAUCUCCAAUGAUCAUUGAAGGUGAUUCCAAGAACUGCAGUUCACCCGAUGCAGUGAACAAAGUGAGGCAACGUAUUAUAGAACACAUUGACCUGUGGCUCUCCGAGUGUCGUGGAGGGAUUAGGAGUUCCAUGUAAAGUCACACAAACU